UGUCGUUGAUGCCGCUGGACUGGGGAAGGGAGGCAGGUGGGGGCAUGCCAGGGGGUAUAAGAUAGCGGAGUGGUGGCUACCCACCACUGCGCAGGCAUCAUGGGGCUGAGCUACGGGCUCUUCAUCUGCUUCCUGCUCUGGGGCGGCACAGAGCUGUGCUACCCCCAGCCCCUCUGGCUCCUGCAGCAGGGAGCCAGCCGCCCUACCCCCUCCGCACCGCCCGUGACUGUGGAGUGUCUGGAGGCCCAGCUGUUGGUCACUGUCAGCAAAGACCUUUUUGGCACCGGGAAGCUGGUCAGACCUGCUGACCUCACCCUGGGCCCUGAGGCCUGUCAGCCCCUGGUCUCUGCGGACACGGAUAACGUGGUCAGGUUCGAGGUUGGGCUACACGAGUGUGGCAACAGCCUGCAGGUGACUGCCGAUUCCCUGGUGUACAGCACCUUCCUGCUGCACGACCCCCGCCCCGUGGGGAACCUGUCCAUCCUCAGGACCAACCGUGCUGAGAUUCCCAUCGAGUGCCGCUACCCCAGGCAGGGCAAUGUGAGCAGCCAGGCCAUCCUGCCCACCUGGGUGCCCUUCAGGACCACGGUGCUCUCGGAGGAGAAGCUGGCUUUCUCCCUGCGCCUGAUGGAGGAGAACUGGAGCACUGAGAAGCGGUCCCCCACCUUCCACCUGGGAGACACGGCUCACCUCCAGGCAGAAAUCGACACCGGCAGCCACGUGCCACUGCGGCUGUUCGUGGACCACUGUGUGGCCACGCCGACACCAGACCGGCACGCCUCCCCUUACCACACCAUCGUGGACUUCCACGGUUGUCUUGUCGAUGGUCUCUCCGAUGGCUCCUCUGCGUUCAAGGCCCCCAGACCCGGGCCAGACACUCUCCAGUUCACAGUGGAUGUGUUCAGCUUCGUUAACAACUCCAGAAACGUGGUAUAUAUCACCUGUCAUCUGAAGGUCACUCUGGCUGACCAGGACCCGAACCAACUCAACAAAGCCUGUUCCUUCCGCAAGCCUUCCAACAGCUGGUCCCCAGUAGAAGGCACUGCUGACAUCUGUGACUGCUGCAACAAGGGUGACUGUGGCAUUCCAGGCCACUCCAGGACACAGCCCCGUGUCAUGAGCCCAGGGCCCAAGUCUCCUUCCCGCAAACGCAGGCACGUGGCAGAUGAAGCAGAUGUCACUGUGGGGCCGCUGAUCUUCCUGGCAGAAGCUAGUGACCAUGACAUGGAAGGAUGGGCUGCUCCUCGCUCCUCCAUGGCGCUGGGUGGAGGCCUGGCUGCGGUGGCAUCCCUGACCCUGGCCGCUGUCAUCCUGGCUUUCACCAAGCGGGGUUCUCUUUCCCACACUGUGUCUGCUUCCCAAUAAAAGAAGAAAGCACUCUC